GAUCCAUGAAACACUCCACCUCGAUUUGUGUGAAUUCAAUCUUUCCCCGGAUGUUCGCUGCUGGACGGAUCAUGCAUCCAAGCCUAUCUCCCCUCGCUCACCUCCUCCCAACUACCCGCAACCCCUCCCAUUAAAUUACCAACACACAGCGAAGGAAGCGUCCCAUUAGACCCAUACCUCUUGCAGUCACCGUCAGAUGGACGGAUCGUCGAGCUCCUUGAAAUCGGCGGCUCUCUUGGAGCAGAUGAAGCUCCAUCUCGCCUCCGACGCCGGCAAGGAUCUCACCAAGAAGAUCGGCCUCGUCUACCAGCUAAACAUCGCCCCCAAGAAGAUUGGGACGGACGAGGAGAUCUAUGUCGUCGACCUCAAGGAAGGAAAAGUCACCAAAGGUCCGUAUAAGGGGAAGCCCGACGUGACGUUCUCGUUCACCGAUAAUGAUUUCCUAUCGAUCGCAACCGGGAAGAUGAACCCACAGAUUGCGUUUAUUAGGGGUGCAAUGAAGAUCAAGGGCAGUAUCAGUGCCGCACAGAAAUUUACCCCGGAUAUUUUCCCAAAGCCUUCAAAGCUUUAAAUGGGAACAUAUGUGCCCUUCACCGAUUGUUAUCUGAUAAAGCGAUGUUUUUUCUACAUAUAUGUAGUUAUGUUAUGAUAAAAAGGACUUGCCUGGUAUUACUUGAACACAAUUGAAGGUUUCUUCUUUUCAUGAAUAAGGAUAAGUGUUAUAAAUGUUUAACAAUUUCGAUUGACUGUUUAGUGAUAUUUUGAUUCUUUUCUUAUGCACCCA